AUGUCCACAUCAGGCCGCGAGCCCACGCCAGCAGACGGCGUCCCCAGCUCGGACCUUCGAAAGAGGGCGCGCUCCUUGUGCAGCAGCAGUGUAGGCAGCGGCACGGACGAGGAUGGGAUCUCGGACGACGGUCAUCGCCGGUUACGUGAUAACGGUUACGGUAGUGAUGGUAGCAGUGGUGAUGACAACGACGACGAAGAUGAUGAUGACGGCUAUGGCGAUCAUGGCGGCAAGUCUUCCGCUACAGGCCGCAGAAAUCGCCGGUGGGAGCGGGAGGAGGAGCGGCGCUUGUUGGCAUGGAGGAGGGACGGGAAGCCGUUGGCGUGGAUAGCUGAUCGAUUGGACAGGACUGAGGGCGCUGUGUACCUUCGCUGGCACACGUUGCAGCGGUCCGCACAAGGAGAAGCAGACUAG